AGAGAAGAGAGCAAAGAAGAGGCGCUGAGAAAAGAGAUAACGCAAACGCAAUGAGCGACAGAGAGAACCCAGAGAAGGGAGACGAAGAGGCUAAAGAAACCGAUACGAGAACAGAGUCGACAUCCAUGGAAGAAACAGAGGGACGUGAUCCGGAUUCAGGUCCGAGCGAAUCUAAUGUUAGAACUGAUCGGAGACACGAAAGAUAUCCAAGAUCCAGGGCAGCGAAGAGGGAGAAUGAACCAGAGAGACAUGGAUUGGGUGAGUCGAGUGAGUAUCCAGUUCGCAUCGGUGUAGAAGAUUGUUACUAUUACAUGAAAAAAGGUCGUUGUGGCUAUGGACUAAGUUGCAGGUUCAACCAUCCACCUCUUCCGCAGAGAGAUCAGAUGAGGCAUGACAUGGUGCAACCGAGUCGCUAUCCAGUUCGUCCACAACUUCCUGAGAGAAGUCAGAUGAGGCAUGACAUGGUGCAAACGAGUCCGUAUCCAGGUGCAGGAGAUUGUAUACAAUAUCUACAAACUGGGAAGUGUAGCUACGGACCUAAGUGCCGAUUCAACCAUCCUCCUUCACCGAGAGUUAUAGGUGCAAUAGAUUGUAGACAAUAUCUACAAACUGGGCAGUGUAGCUAUGGACCUAAGUGCCGAUACAACCAUCCUCCUUCACCGGUGCUUCCACAGUGGGUUAGCCGUCAGAUUUGUAAGUUUUUUCAGAAAGGAGAUUGUAAGAACGGCUCAGGUUGUAAAUUUACUCAUUCAAUGAGUGGGGAUGGUGCAGAAGCAGAACCUAUGCGUCAGGAUACAAGUUGGGGUAAGAAAAGACACGCAGCCAAGUCAAGCUCUAGGCCAUGGAAGAGGGAGAGGCAAGCUCAUGAUCUGGAGGAACGUAAACAGAAGAAGAGGAGGGUGGAAAAUUUGAGAAUUGAUCCCAAUGUUCAAUCCGGCGAAGGAGGGAGUCAAACGGAACAGAGAUUGGAGGUUCCAGAGAACCGCAACGUUAACGCUCAAGAACAGGCAGAUAUGGAGAGGCAGAACAGAGAGGCUCAAGAGAAAGCGCAGGAGGAACGUAGACUACGGAUAGAUAAUGAGAGGAGGCAGGCUCGUUUGCGUCUUGAGCGGAUGCAACCCAGAGUUCUAACCAACAACGUUGAUCAGCUCAGAGAGGCAUUACCAGAUAUUGGGAUUGAAAGAAAAGAGGGCGAUGGGUUUUAGGAGAAAACAGAGUUACUAAUCAGAUUGUUUGGGACGCAAGAAAACGAUAUGUUUUGGGAUGAUUUAGGUCAAUCUUUUCGUUGUUUUAGUCGUGUAACUGUUUAGUGUUGUUGUGUUAGUUCGCUUGAUCGUUCACUUUUAUAAGAUUACGUUUGAGCAACUUAAUAGCUAACUACAGUUCCGAACGGUAAUCUAGGCAACUUCAAUCACAUUAGUAUGAAAAUAAAUAGUAGCCAAAUACAGUUCUUGUAUGCUCUAGGUCUUGUAUUUGUUUUACUAAGAGAAAUAAGCAUAUAGGUCUUGUCUGCUCUAGGUCUUGUAUUUAAGUUAUAAUUUCAUUGGUUAGAACUGAUCUUUUUGAAAUGCAAUGUAUAUUUUGGUGAAACAACUGAUGGAAAUCAAUACAUAUACAUUAUGGCCAUAUUCGUUUUUGUACUUGAUGCAUCAUCAUCUAGAUGUAGGGUCUGAAAAUAAUAUCUAGCUAUUGCAUCCAAAUGUUGUGAAUUUAUUCUUUUUAUAUUAUUCGAGGAACACUUUUAUUAAGUAACUUUAUUUUUAUGUGUGAUUAACCAAAAUGUCAUUACUUAGGUGGCAUCACUAGAGCUUUUCUCACAUCAUUACAUCAAAAGCCCUCCAUCACCUAGAUUUAUUACAUGUAAUGCCAUUAUUCAUUAUUUUCAGACUAAAAUUAUACUAUGUGUUUCGUAUAGAACCGAAAUUAUUAUGUCUUACAUCCAUUAGCUAAACCCAAAAUAACAAAUUUAUUUGUCUUAACCAAAUUUUAAAUUUUAUGUAGAUUUAUCUACUGUUUAACAAUCGUGUUCUAAAAUAAUAGUUGAGCCAUAUAUUUAUUUUUAGAACGUAUUCAUCAUGUACACUAGACCAAAUUUAUAUUAAAUAAUGUACAUUACAUUAUGUUACAAACUCGAUAUUUCAAUUUUAAUGACCACAAGUUACUCAUUUACCAAAAUAAUAAAAAUGUCAUAUGAAAA